AAAUUCAACUUACAGCUAUAGGGCUGCAAGGACCGAUAUCCAAUUCUUCCACCGCCGAGAUCGUUGGCCGGAGCGAGAAUCCCAAUAUCCCGCAACACUGUGAUAGUUCGCCGGAGCGAGAAAGAAGCUCGAUUCACCGGCGAUGUUCCUGUCGGGCAAUGCCAACACUCUUGCUGUAGCGGUGGAGAUCCUGUCUCUGUGCUUGGUGUUGAUUUUGGCCGAUGCACGGGACGAGAAUCAUGUGUUUCAGCCCUGCGAGGACGCGAAGAUCCAGCGAUGGGAUGGGUUUACGUUUGGCCUGGCAUUCUCAGAUCGUGAUUCUUUUUUCUUCAAUGGUACUCAGCUGUCGCCCUGCGACAGUCGCCUAUCUCUCGCCAACAAGGGCGCGCAGCUGGCCGUGUUUCGUCCUAAGGUUGAUGAGAUUUCUCUUCUUACCAUCAAUACCACCACCUCGUUUGCUCCGGUGAGAUCGAUUUCUGUCCCUUUCUUUUAUUGAUUGAAUUGGGUUUUC